AUGUCUCGCCUCCCUGCGGUGGCUGCAAGAUUGAAUGAGGAGGUGAUGAAUUUCAAUAUGUUGGAUUUGUCGACUCUAGACAGCGAUGCAAAAUCGUUGCAGCUGAAGGCCAAGUCCGCAGAGUGCGUGAAGCUGUUGUUGGACAACGGGCUGGCGUAUCGUGCUCGAGUUCGGUCAGAGAAGGGUGGCACGCACAGCUGCAACAGGCAGGGUCAGGGCGUCGACCCGUUCGACGUUCACAGUCUAGGCAAGCGGAUAUGUGAACAAGGAUUCGUGUGGAGCAGGGUCGACGACCCAGUCGCGUUCGAAGUGGAUCACAGUUCGGACACCCAGUACAUCUUCAACAAAAAUUUGGCGGACAACUCUGGGGGGCAACUCGCUCCCGUCGUGAAGGUGGAUCUCAUCAUGGUUACAGUGUCUUGCUCGCAUUCUCUGCAGUGGUACAAGGUGGUUGCCGUCAACCCCAGCCAAGCCGAUGCUCUUGAUAAUGGGUUGGAAUGGGUAAUAAUUCGUAAGGAAGUGGAGGCGGCGGUGCCAGGUUUGCCGUACUACUUGGCUGAGUGCGGCAACGCUGGCCACGGCACCGAACGGAUCCAGACGAAGUUGCAGACGUUGUUGCAAAUCUUCUCGCGCGGCAAGCAGAACUUCGAGUCAACUGGAGACUACAAGUGGGCAGCUGUUGCCCAGCGUAUUGAGAGUACCAACCCGCACCUUGCCAAGCAGGUGCUCGACAUGACCAAGUUCGUGGACAGGUAUUCAGGUGGAGGUGUUCGCGGCAUAUUCCUGGAGGAGCUGGACCUUUGGAGCAAGCAGCUCAGGAGCCGUUGCGAGGUGAACGGCAGCACGUUCAGGAUACUUGGAGAGGCAGAAUUCUUAUCUGGACCCGAACUGAUCGUCGCCAUGCUGAAGGCGGCCUACGUUUCGCCCGACAACCACCAGCGCAUGGGCAUAUCGACGUUGCUUACGAGCACGGACAUCUCGAACGUGGUCAACAAGAAGCGCGCGGAAGCAAUCAACGUCUGCGAGAUGAUCAGGACCGCCAAGAAGUUCUACACUGACCACGCAUCAGACUUGAUGGACAAGAGUACCUACAUCAGGAUCCGCGGUGAUAUGGAAGUGCGGGCAAUCAAGGUCGAGUGGUGGAAUGACGUGAAGGCCGCCAUGCCCCCAGACUUCGCGCUCGUGAGCCCCUUCGGGCAAAUCCAGCCCCCGUCGUCUGGCAGUGGUAGCGUCGGCCCACAUAUGGUCUGCUUUGGUGCUGAUGGAGGGGUUUCACAGGAGACGCUGAAGCAGCACGGCUUUGUGCUGAAGGCGGAGGUCGAGCUCAAGAAGAAUGACACCGAUGUUGCGACUGCUAAGCCCAAGAAGUGGAUCAUCAACGAGUUCAGGGGUUCCGACGUGGUCCUCCUCAACACGUACGUGGCGGAGCCAGCGAAAGUCGCGAAAGGCAAGGGCAAGAAACUGAACCAGAAGAAGAACGAGGACACCAUGACCGUGUACAGUGGCGAGCUCCUCGACAAGUACAAGGCCGUGAAGAUCAUGACCUACCACCUCGUGUCGUGCAAGACGUGGGACAUCCUGAGCAACAAGGAGGUGCAGGUCGAGCUCGCCAAAGCCACCCUUCGCAAGGCCCUUUGCCACGCUUUCAAUGUGUAUAGGCCUGUUGCUGAUCUAUCAAUAACGUACACAGUCGAUCCUAAGUUUGAGAUUCGGGAUAUUGUGGCCGAGAGGGACUUUGGCAAGAGCGAGCUCGUGAUGGUUCCUUUCACCCUUUCUGUUGGUGUAUGCGAUGCCACUAGAGUGCCUUCUACUGGCGUCGUCGUACCGAUGCCGCCGAAACUUCCAGACGACCUCGUGGCAUACGUGUCCCCAACAGUGGCUUUCCCAAAGCAGGAGCUCGGCAAGAAAAGCCCAAUGCCAGUGGCGUAUUGGGUUGUCCACAGCGGCAAGGUUUUCAACGUACAGCCAGGGGUUUUGAAAAUUGAGGUGAGCGCUGUCGUUGCAGACAGCGGCAAGAAGCGAAAUAUUGAGGUAGGGUUGCCAAUGUUGUUCAACAAGACUGGCUCGAUCAAGAAGGGAGAUAAAAUUAUUCGGGGCGAGCCAGGGAGUCCGUCGUCCCCAGCCAAGAGGUCUCUCGCUGCCUCGGCUUCUACUCCGAGCAAGCGGGUCAAAGAGUGA